CGAUAAGCAACAAAAUAAACAAACUUUGACAUCAGUGGCAUGUGGUUAGUUAGCUUCAUAACCAUCAACUAUCUUCUGACGAAUGAAACUUCACUUACGCGAAACUGAGCCAACAUGACUUCUGAUUCUAGUACGGAACCAAUUACAAAAUUUACAAACUGCAAAUUGUGUAUUAAUGGCAGGGAAGUGGAAGACGAUUUGUGGAUAAGAGGGGAAGAAAUAAUUGACAAGCAAACCGCUUUCUACGUCGACAAACAGGCCCCUUCCACAACUAUUGACUGCAAUGGACUCUACCUCACUCCAGGUCUAAUAGAUACUCAGGUGAAUGGAUCAAUAGGAAUAGACUUCAGCGACCUUUCGGAUCCCGAUUCUUAUUUGGACAGAUUAGCCAAAGUACGCGAGCACUUGCUUCAAUACGGCGUAACAUCAUUCUGUCCGUCUAUCAUUACGAGUGACCAGCACACCUAUGAACUCAUCGAUGAUCUUUUGCAAAGCAUUCCAGUAGGAGGAAUAGACGGGGUGGUCGGAUUCCAUUAUGAAGGACCUUUCUUGUCUGAGAAAUUCUCGGGUGCACACAGAAAACAAUUGCUCCGCACAGCUACGUCUAUCCAAAACUUUACUGAUAUGUACGGAUCAAUGAAGCACGUCAAAAUAAUCACAGUUGCACCUGAAGCCAUUUCAUCGACAUAUGAUGUCAUUCAACAAUUGAGGUCUAAGGGAGUUACAGUAAGCAUUGGCCAUACUGAUUGCACUUACAAAGAAGCGAUGGAAGCCCUAGAUCAAGGAGCUAAUUCAAUAACUCAUCUUUAUAGUUGCAUGAGACCCCUACACCAUCGGCAACCAGGGGUCAUUGGAACUAUUAGCUCCGAUCUGAAGCUUUACUACAGUCUCAUAACGGAUGGUGUGCAUGUUAGCAGUCCUGUUAUUAGAAGCUCAUACAAAACCAAUGCAAAUGGGUUGAUUUUGGUUACGGACGCAUCCAGCACCGCAGGAUACCCGCCCGGAGUUUAUCGCUCGAAUGGACAAAAUGUUGAGGUGAAGGAUGAUCGCGUGGUGAUUCAAGGCACAAAUACGCUGGCAGGGAGCAAUGCAACCCUCACGCACUGCUUGAAGGUUCUUGCAGCAUCAUCAAACUUGACAGUACCAGAAGCCGUCAAAUGUGUAACGGAGAAUGUAGCUGAUAUGAUUGAAGAGAAUUGUUUGGGACUAUUGCAAAAAGGGCGGACAGCGAAUUUGGUUUUGAUGUCUAACGAUUACAAACCUGUUUUAGUAUUCGUCAAAGGAAAAGUUGUUUAUAAAGCAUUAACAGAAGAAUGAAUAAUUAAUAAUUCUUUUCAAAGAGACGCCUCGCGCCACUUCCGAUACAACACAUACAUAGCAUGACAAGGGUGGGCAGUCAAAGAUCACAAUGUUCCUAUCAGCCGAAAGGGUCUAAGCGCAGAAAAAUAGACAAAAGUUUAUUUAUAAGGGCUAAUCGAUAAAAUACA